GCCUCCUCCUAGUCCUCGGGCAGGCUGGCGAGUGCCACAAAUUUAUCGCCGUCUUUUUUCAUUUCCUCGGUUCCAUUCCUUCCUCCAAAUCGCCGAUCUCAAAAAUUUCCCAGAUUCCGACAACUCCAACUUUUUCUCUCUCCACUGUCAGCUCCCGACAACAACAGCAACAACAAAUUCUUCCUCAGGUCCCUCUAAAUCUAGAAAAUGGUUCGGGGAAGAGAUGCCUGUUGGGAACAUUGCAUGCUUAUUGAUGCAACCAGACAGAAGGUUAGGUGUAAUUAUUGUCAGCGGGAGUUCAGUGGGGGCGUAUACAGGAUGAAGUUUCACUUAGCUCAAAUAAAGAACAAAGAUAUAGUCCCCUGUACUGAAGUACCAGCUGAUGUGCGGGACCAUAUCCAAAGUAUAUUAAGCACUCCCAAGAAACAUAAGACUUCCAAGAAAAGAAAGGUGGAUCAGGCAGCGGCAGCCAAUGGUCAACAAAAUAGCUCUUCUGGUAGUGGCGGCUUCCAUCCUAACCAUGGAUCUAGUGGACAGAAUGGAAGCACCUGCCCAUCUUUGUUAUUUCCACCCCCUUCACCGAGUGGACAGCCUGCAGUAGAUGAUGCUCAAAAGCAAAAACAGGAUGUUGCCGACAAAAGAAUUGCUGUUUUUUUCUUCCACAAUUCUAUUCCUCUCAGUGCUGCUAAAUCCAUGUAUUAUCAGGAAAUGGUAAAUGCUAUAGCAGAGUGUGGGGUUGGCUACAAUGCCCCAAGUUAUGAAAAAUUGAGAUCUACUCUUUUGGAGAAAGUGAAAGGUGAUAUACAUGACUGUUACAAGAAAUAUAGAGAUGAGUGGAAAGAAACAGGCUGUACAAUCUUGUGUGAUAGCUGGUCUGAUGGUAGAACUAAAUCAAUUAUAGUAUUUUCAGUUACAUGCCCCAAGGGGACACUUUUUUUGAAGUCAGUUGAUGUAUCAGGUCAUGAAGGUGAUGGUUCUUACUUGUUCGAGUUACUAGAGUGUGUUCUUCUGGAAGUUGGUGUGGAAAAUGUUGUUCAAGUUAUAACAAAUACCCCAGACAGUUAUUUUAAUGCAGGAAGACGUCUUAUGGGCAAAUACAGUUCAUUGUUUUGGUCUCCCUGUGCUUCUUACUGUAUAGAUAAGAUGUUGGAAGACAUUGCUAAACAAGAGAGGGUGGCUACAGUCUUGGAGGAGGCAAAGAGCAUCACAAGGUACAUAUAUAGUAAUGCAUGGGCAUUGAGUAUGAUGAGAAAAUUCACUGGUGGAAGGGAGUUGUUUAGGCCAAGAAUUACUAGAUUUGUGACUAAUUUCCUCACAUUGAGGUCCAUUGUUAUUCAGGAGGACAAUUUGAAGCACAUGUUUUCUCAAAAAGAGUGGUUGUCCUCCAUUUGUAGUAAACGUCCUGAUGCACAAGCUGUGAGGUCGUUGCUGUAUUUAGAUAGAUUUUGGAAGUAUGCACAUGAAGCUGUAAGAAUUUCUGAACCACUAAUUAAAAUUUUACGUAUUGUUGAUGGGGACAUGCCUGCUAUGGGCUAUAUAUAUGAAGGAAUAGAGAGGGCAAAGGUAGAGGUCAAGGCAUAUUAUAAGGGAAGUGAAGAGAACUACAUGCCAAUUUGGAAUAUAAUUGAUGAGAGAUGGAAUAUGCAGCUUCACUCGUCCUUACAUGCUGCAGCAGCUUUCCUUAACCCUUCCAUUUUCUACAACCCAUAUUUUAAGAUUGAUUUAAGUAUAAGGAAUGGGUUUCAAGAAGCGAUGUUAAAGAUGGCUACAAUGGAUAGCGAUAAAAUGGAGAUCACUAAAGAACAUCCUAUAUACAUCAAUGCACAAGGUGCUCUUGGGACUGAUUUUGCUAUCAUGGGAAGGACACUGAAUGCCCCAGGUGAUUGGUGGGCCGGAUAUGGUUAUGAGAUCCCAACGCUCCAGAGAGCUGCAAUACGGAUACUGAGCCAACCUUGCAGUUCCCAUUGGUGUAGAUGGAACUGGAGCACUUUUGAGAGCAUGCAUACCAAGACACGGAACAGAAUGGAGCUGGAAAAAUUCAAUGAUUUGGUUUUUGUGCACUGCAAUCUUUGGUUACAAGCCGUCUGUCAAAAUAGGGAUGGAAAAUGUAAACCCAUUAUAUUUGACGAAAUAGAUGUUAGUUCUGAAUGGCCCACUGAGUCGGAAUCCUCAGCUCCACUUUUGGAUGAUUCAUGGCUGGACAAUAUGCCCCUCGAAUGCAGGGGUACCCCUUGAACUUGCGUAGAAAGUUAAAAAAGAAAAAAGAAAAAAAAGAAAGGAUAUAUAUAUUGGAUCAAUGAUUGUAUAAUUUUGUCUUAUUAUAAUAAUAAUAAAAUGGGGUAAUUACAUUUUCCUC